CGCCGAUUCAUUUCCAGAUUUUCUUUGAAACUAGCAACAUGGAAUCGCCCCUGCUCCUCUUGAGCUCCUGUGCUGUCGCGUGGCUACUGGCCACCGUAUUGACGGCCCUUCACCGCAAGCUGCGGAUUGCUCGUGGCCUGGCAUCAUUAGACGGUCCGCCUGGUGUCUUUCUACUCGGGUGCAUGCCUGCGUACGCCAAGAACGUCAACCGUAUCUACCAUUUCUUGGUGAGUAUCCUCGCCUUCAGUUGCUUACAGACUAACCCGUCAUGUACGUUUAUCGCAGGAGGAUUUGUUGAAGCAGUAUGGAGGACGCAUGAAGAUGCCGUGGCACGUGUUCUUCGACGGCGCCAUCUACAUCACGGAUCCGAUGGACGUACAGCACAUUUUGGCUACGAACUUGAACAACUAUGUGAAGCCACAAGCAUUACUGGACGCAUUUCAAGAGAUCUUUGGAGAUUCAUUCAUAGCUAUGAACCACCACCCGCAGGCGCCUGACGGAGGAGCUGGUUGGCGUUUACAGCGCAAGGUGGCGGCCAAGGUGUUUACCACUGCCAACUUCCGUGUGUUUACCGAGCAAGUAUUCGCACGUCACGCUGAGGAAACGCUUGCCCUUGCCCAGGCCGAAUCCAAGGGAGAAAGCUUCUGCUGCGAUUUGCAGACGUUGAGUACGAGGUUCACCCUGCAUUCCAUCUUCGACGUCGCUUUCGGUUUGCCGCUUAGUGAGGUUAAGAAUGCAGACAGCUUCGCAGCACACCUGGACCUUGCCAAUGAACACUGUGCGCAGCGAUUGUUCGUGAAGCAGCACUACAAAUUGUUUCGUUGGAUUAUGCCUAGCGAACGUAAGUUACGGCAAUGUGUCCGCGGUAUAUAUGCCGUGUCUGACGCUAUUCUGCUGCAUCGUCUGGGAGAGUCUGAAGACAAGAUUCAAGCGCGAUCGGAUCUAUUGUCGUUAUUUAUUUGCAAGGCUCGAGAAUUGGCUGCAACCAGCCAGGAGGAGCGUGAUGAGUCUGAGACGUCUUGUCUACUGGGUCCUAAGAUUCUCCGCUCUAUUAUCGUGACGUUCAUCGUCGCUGGUCGAGACACGACGGCCGCGUGCAUCACAUACUGCUUUUACGCCAUCGCAAGACACCCACAAGUCCAAAAACGAAUCGUCGAGGAGCUGGAGAGUUUGAAACGAAGUACUGACUCAAGCUCCACACCAUUCACGUUCGAGAACGUGAAAAACAUGAGAUAUCUCGACGCUGUUGUGCACGAGGCCUUGCGACUGUAUCCACCGGUGCCGUAUAACCUCAAAUGUGCUGUAAAAGACGACUAUCUGCCUGAUGACACUUUCGUACCUGCUGGAGUCGAGAUCGUCUACAGUCCGUGGUAUAUGGGUCGCAAUAGCGCGAUUUGGGGUGACGAUCCGUUAGAGUUCCGUCCGGAACGUUGGUUAGAGUUGACCAAGCAUCCCAGUGCGUACGAGUUUCCAGCCUUUCAAGCAGGCCCGCGUUUAUGUCUCGGUAUGAACAUGGCCGUGCUGGAAGCCAAGUUCUUCCUCGCCACCACACUGCACCGUUACCACAUCACAAUUGCACCUGGUGAGACGCAGGAGCGUGGCUACGUGCUGAAAUCGACCCUAGUUAUGAAGGGAGGUCUACCGCUGCAGAUGACACCACGCGCUCGGCAUUCACUAUCCGCUUAGUGCUCCACCAGAGCUCGCAAUCGGGUACGCGAACUCGUGUACACCCGCUACUACAUGUAGUUUAUCAAGUCGUCAACAAAGUCUCGACGCUCUAAAUGGUAGUAACCAUACUAAGGUUGCUCGCUUGAUUUGGCUGAUUUAAGCGGCAAGUAUCGUUCAGAUCCGCUUGAAAUACAAUGCUCACAGUUAAUAAUACAGCAAUUGAGGAUCAACUGUUGAGCAAAGGACAUAAUACAGUGCUGUAG